GGUCCCUUCGAAAUGCCCGGGUUGGGGGUGCGGCGGCCAUGGAUGGCGCAGCUUCCUUCCAGAACCUUAGGUAUGCCAAGGCCCUGGUGGGCCGAUUGCUGCACCCCUUGCCAAGCGCCGGUGCCUCGGAGCGCUCCGAGCGCAAGAGGGACACCUUCCACGAGGCAUACGCUUCGGAAGAGCUGCUGACCAGCGUGGGCGCCAAGCUUGGGGAUUGGCUCUUGGUGCUGCCAUCGCGUGGGAAUGCUUUUCCUUCGGACGCUUGCUGGGUGCGGUCGGUGGGCUCGGAGGAGGUGCUGGCGCUGGCGCCCCCUGGCCAACCCAAGGAGCUGCCGUUGGUACACUUACCUGCUGGGUUGAUCGAAUUCUUGGGCCUCACUCCGGGGCGCAGCGAGGUGUCCAUCGCCUGGCAGGAAGCGUUAGAACCUCCAAGAGGAACUCGGCUCGUGCUGUCGGCCGUAGGCGGCGCCGCUUGUGCUUCUGCCCUGAAGACAUUCUUCCACGUGCCAAGGGUGCUUUGCAAGGGCGAGGUAUUCUCCGUCCCGCUCCGGGGCGUGCCGGCGCAGCUCUGUGACAUCGAGUUGGCCGAGAACCCCAGGUGCCAUGCCGACGAGACAGAGGUGUUUCAGACAGCGCCCCGCUUCGGGGCCUGCCAGGCUACUACAGGUGAUCCGCUGCAUGGCUUCACCUUCUGCCCCCUUCAGAGCUUCAAGGUGGAGACCUUCCAGGGCGGGGCGAGCCAAAGCUUCUGUGUGGACUCCUCGGCCGAGAUCGUGUUGAAGGGCACCAGCCAGGCCCGGGCCAUCCCUUACGCCCGCAGCCACCUCUUCUGCCAGGCGCCUUCGCCGGUCUUGCCGUCCCUGCGCCCAUUGGUGGAGCGCCUGCUGGGGAUGCUGGUCCCGGCGGUGCGGGCAUGGCAGUUGGGCCGCCCGGUGCCCGAGCUGCCGGCGGUGCUGAUGGUGGGCCCCAGGGGCUGCGGGAAGCGCGUGCUGUGGCGAACCGUUGCCGAACGCCUGGGUUUGCACCUGCUGGAGGUGAACUGCGCGCUGCUGGUGGACAACGCUGAGAGCAGAGUGCAGGAGUGCUGUGAGGAGGCGGCAGCUUUGUCUCCCUGCCUGCUUUGCUUCCGGCGGGUGCAGGCCUGGUCCCGCAUUGGCCCUGCCAUCUCGCCAGCAGCCACACUGCUUCAGCAGCGCCGCAUUCAAGAGGCUUUGGAAACUGCCCUAGCUCGAGCUCGCACAACCAUGGAGCCAAAGGGGAGGAUGCCCUUAGUACUGGUUGGAGGCUCCUGUGAGGACCUGGAAGAUGUGGGCGGCCCGCUUCGACAGGCAUUCCGCCUUGAGCUGACCUUGGCUCGCCCAACCGAGGACCAGAGGCACUUUGCGGUGUCUCGCUUGAUGACGAGCUUCGGAACAGAGGCCUCAAGCAAGCCUUUGCCCAACGGACAGCCCGAGGAAUCCAAACCUUUGGGCGCUACCAUUGCCAAGCUGACAGCAGGCCUCUCCUACAGCGACAUUCGGUCCGUGUGCGCGGAGCUGAUGCUCUCGCACCCCAGCGCUGGCCCGGACACGGCCGCAGGCCCAGAGCUGCAGCACGGCAUCGAACAGGCGGUGAAGCGGCUCCAGGGGGGGUCCAAGGUGGCCGUGACCUUGGCCUCCAAGGUGCAGUGGGCGGAUGUGGGCGGCCUGCAGGACGCCAAGGAGGAGAUAAUGAACUGCAUCACGCUGCCCCUCUCGCAGGGGGACAUGUUCGCCGGCGAGAAGGUGCGCAGCGGGGUUCUGCUCUUCGGGCCUCCGGGCACCGGCAAAACGUUGCUGGCGAAGGCGGUGGCUACGGAGUGCAAAGUGCACUUCCUCAGCGUGAAAGGGCCAGAGCUCCUGUCCAUGUACAUAGGAGAAAGCGAGAAGAACGUGCGGUCCUUGUUCCAGAAUGGCCGGGACUUGGCACCCUGCGUGCUCUUCUUCGACGAGCUCGACAGCUUGGCGCCGGCGCGGGGCCGCGGCAGCGACAGCGGGGGGGUCAUGGACCGAGUGGUCUCGCAGCUGGUCACGGAGCUGGACAACAUGCCGGCCACAGUGUUUAUGGUGGGCGCCACCAAUCGCCCGGACCUGCUGGACCGGUCCUUGUUGAGGCCAGGGCGCCUGGACCGCAUGGUGUACCUCGGGGUGGCCAAGAAUAAGCUGCCGCUGCUCAAGGCCAUCACGCGGAAGUUUGUGCUGGAUGACGGGGACGCCGAUGUGCUGGUCAACGUUGCCAAAGCCUGCCCCCCGAACCUCACCGGGGCGGAUGUCUCGGUGCUCUGCGCGGAUGCGUAUUCCAUCGCUCAGCGGCAGCACAUUGCGAAGCUGCACGAGCUCGCUGACGCGCUACAGGUGACCAUCAGCACGCUUCUGCUGUUCCUGGACACCCUGGAGGCACACCUCGCCACGCUGACGACAAGGACGUUGCAGAUGCUGUGCCCAGAGGCGUCCAAUCUCGCUUCCGUGUUUCCUCCACCACAGCUGGGGAAGAGCGGGGCGGGCAUCGUGGUCUAUGGCAGCGCGAGCUGCCAGGCAGUAGUGCUGGCCCACCACGUGGGUGGCCCCUCUGGUAGUUUUCGAGAUGUCUCUGCAGCUGUUGGCCUGGUAAAGCAAGAUGGGCCCACAGAUGCGGGCCAAAGAUGGACGGCCACGUGCGGGGGGUUGGCUCCUGCCCUGAAGAUGGUGCGAGGCUUCAGCGUCCUGCAGCCAUUGCUGGUCCGGGUGGCAGCAAGGCACUUUCAGGAGGCGCUCUCCAACCUGCAACCCUCGGUGCCUUUGGAGGACCUGCAGCGCUACGAGCAGCUUCGGGGGGAAUACCAGAACAUCAAGCAGUGAGGGUGUUUGCAACGAGCAGUGCUCC